AUGGAAUAUGUAAAGAAACUCACAAAAUGCAGGAACCAUCCUACAGAAGAAAUAAGAUAUCUGUGCAUAGAUCAUGAUCAACUGUGUUGCAAUGAAUGUGCAAUUGUUAAUCACAGAAAAUGUCAGGAGUUACUUUCAAUUGAUGACUGUGUAGAUAAAUCAGGAAGGCAAGCACCUGUGGUAGAAAACAUGGAAAAAAUAGAGAAACACGCCGAAGACUUAAAGAUGCAUGAAUUUCAACACAGGGUGACAACUAAUGAAUCUGAGAGACUAAUUGAGGAUCAGUUGCACUAUAUAAAGAUACAAUUCGACGAUGCGUAUCGUAUUUUCGAAGAAAAUGUACUUAAAGCAGUGAGAACAAGAUGCGACAGAAUAAAAACCUCGAUUGAUAAUCAGAUCUUAUUAAAUGAACAGUUUGAGGCUGAUUUAAAAUAUUCAAAGGAAAAGAUAGCAUCGUCUCGGGAGUUUGGGGAAAAACUACAUCAUUACCUUAUGGAAAGAGAUAUGAAAGAUGAAAUGAUCCGCCACGAACAAGAAUUGAUAUCGUUGCAUCAACGAUCUAACUGCACAGAAAUAUCUAUGGAUGGAUUAGACCAUAUCACUGACCAUUUGAUAAAGUGUCUACAGAAGAAUCUUUCAUUGGGAUUUAAUUUAGUGCUUUGA